AUGGAGACUAACGACUCAUGGUUCCUGGCACUCCAAAAUGACGCGCUUGAGUUUCUACGCGGCGUUACUGCUACGGCUCUCAAUACCAGCACUUUCCUACAAUAUCAGGAUAUCGGCAAUGCCAUCAACCUAGCGUCGUUCAUAAAGCAGCUAGACAAGAUGGAUAUCGACUACCGUUGCGAUGCGUUCCUCAAGUCUGUCGUGGAGCACGUUGUCCUGCGUGAACUGCGGUUGCUCAAACACAAAGCACGGAUCCCGGUCCCGAAAGGCGUAACGCUUUUUGGAGUCAUGGACGAGACUGGAUUUCUUAAGGAAAAGGAAGUUUACGUCUGCUUCGACGAAAGACGAGGUAAGAGCGGCGAGCUUAUGGACGCCACUUUGACCGAUGGUCCCAUUAUCGUCACGCGAUCCCCAGCUCUCCACCCGGGCGACAUUCAAUACGUGAAAAUGCUGAGUGGUGGAGACCUUGACGGAGACCUGUACAAUGUCAUUUGGGACCCUCGCGCUCGACCCGGGAGGGUUUAUGAAGCUGCCGAUUAUGCACGCGUGGUCGCCCCGUCCCUUAAUAGGGCAGUUACCCGCCAUGACAUUGCGGACUUCUUUAUUGACUUUAUGAAGUCAGACAUUCUGGGGUUAAUUGCAAUCAGGCAUCAGAUUCUUGCAGACGUCCAAGACGAAGGGACUGCUGACCUCGAAUGCAUUGAGCUCGCCGAGCUCCACUCAACUGCGGUCGACUAUUCCAAGACUGGUAUUGCAGUGGAUUGGCGAGAGAUGCCUCGGGCGCCGCGCUCGCGUCCCGACUUCCUCGCCCCCGCGCCUCCACUCCAUGUCUACGAUCUUGGCCAAAUCAGCCAUAUAGCUGAAGAGGACGAUUAUGAGGACGUAAACGGCAUGGGCAUUGUCAAACAAAGGUAUCAUGAAUCGCAAAAGAUACUAGGCCGGCUGUAUCAUGGCAUUGAUGAGAAGAAGAUCUGGAAGGAAGACAUACACAGGCCCACCACGACAGACGGUCCGUCGGUAUGGGCGCAGCUGAUGGGACGAGUUCGUACUGAUAUGCGUUCAUUCGGAAUCAGGACUUACUACAGUCAUCAUUUUAAACAAGCCUUGAAGAUUCGAGCACUUUAUGAGGACUCAAUAGCGGACAGCAUGUGGCACUUUUCCGAUAAUCCGAGAAACUGCAUUUCCGAAGCAGAGGCCUUUUGCGGCUCGAUUCUCAACAAAAAGGGUGUGCAGUCCCGGCAGCAGCGCGAGACGUCUAUCCAGCUGAAAGAGGAGAGCGACAGGGUCAUGACAUGGAUCACCAAGCUCAUGCGCGACGGGAUCGACCAAGGCGACGAAGCUGCGGCGAGUUUCGGCGAUGAAGGCGACGACGAUAGUCCCAACGAGCACAAGGCAAUUCGUUUGUCCUGGGCGUGCUUGGUUGUAGGCUGCAUCAAAGCUGGAGAAGGAGUAAAGUCGACAAAUCGCGGGACGGGCGAGCUGCAGAGCUUUCGCGUCAUUGCUGCCGCUUGCUUGGUGAAGGAACUGAAUAGUCUGAGGAGCAGGCGUCUUCAGGAAGAGAUUUACGACGACAAGAUAAAGAAUUCCAAAAGGCAAAGAGGUGCAUGA